AUGCCACCAAUCCAGGUCGGUGCCGAUCAUCAAACUAUCCCAACUCUUGGGAAUAAUGAUUUCAUGCCUGAAAGUAGUUCCCUGGGCUCGUCUCCAUGCCAGGGAACUGCAAUGGUUUCUUCUCCCAAUGCAAAGAUCCAAAACCAGCAACUUCCCCAGAUGAGUGCGUCUCCCACAGAAGGUGAUCCGAUCUCUGGCCUGGUGGAGGAUCAAGGCGAUCGUGGUGGCCAAGCUUCUGGCGGAGAAAGCAGAAGUUCUCCUGGUGGCGCCAUUCUGGCCCAGGAGGUCCUGGUACGCAGACCUUGUCAGCCUCUCCGUUCAGAGACCGUGGAGAAUUCCUCAGGACCAAAUAUCCCUCAGCCAAGGGGCCAUCAGCCACCCAGAUCCCCAGUGGCUAAAAUUAGCCGUUUGGCACUUGAAGGGGACCUCCUGAGGAAACAGAACAUUUCUGACAAGGUCAUAUGCACCAUACAAGUGUCCAGGAGACCAUCCACCACCAGAAUAUAUGAUGCGACCUGGGCCGCCUUUUCCUCCUGGUGUAAAGAUAGAGGAAUUGUAGAUUUUUCUGCUUCAGUCCCUCACACCCUGGACUUCCUACAGGAGGGUCUGGACAAGGUCCUGGCGCCCAGUACACUCAGGCGUCAGGUUGUUGCCUUAUCUACCAUUCUGGCAAGGAGCUGUUCUCGGUCUCUGAGACAAUACCCUCAAAUUAAGAGUUUCCUGAAGGGCGCAGCGAAUAUCAGCCCGCCGACAGUCCAUCGAUACCUGUCCUGGGACCUUCCAUUUGUUUUGAGAGCUUUGACGGGUCCGCCAUUCGAGCCUCUUCGUACGUCUAGCCUGCGCCAUCUGACCAUCAAGACAGCCUUUCUGGUGGCUAUCACAUCUACCUGCAGGUUGAUCAAGAAGCAGCUGGUGAACUCCAUCAAAGCCCUGCAGAAGCAUUAUGUGACCUCUGAUGCUCUUGUAACAAGUGAUGAUGAAGAUGCUAAUACUCUUUGUUGUGUAUUGGAGGCUGUGUUUGUGCAUGGUUUGAACACUAAGCACAUCAAAGCAGAGGUUGGAGCAAAAGGGAAAAAACAUGGAGGGCGACUUCCUCAGCCAGUGUUUUGGACUCUGCUAAAAUCUAUUACUCACAGAAACAUAAUUUCUGAACUGGAAAACUUGGUCUUCAUCAAUACAGAUGUGGGGCGUUGCCGUGCAUGGUUGAGGCUGGCUCUGAAUGAUGGCCUGAUGGAGUGUUACCUAAAACUCUUGCUUCAUGAAAAGUCUCAACUCUCUGAAUAUUACCAUUCACCUGCUCUGCUUCUGGAUCCCGAGGAGGUUGAAUUUCUCCUCAGCUAUUUGCAGGGCUUGUCUUCUUUGGCUUUUGACCUCUCCUAUAAGUCAGCAGUAUUGAACGAGUGGACCAUCACACCUUUAUCCUUGUCAGGCCUUUGUCCUGCCUGGGAACUGUUGGAUCCUCUUGUGGGGCUGGAAUCUCAAAGAAAGGAGACACUUGGUUUUCUCUCACAAUCUUCUGGCUCUGAUGAAAUUGAAGCUCACCCAGCCAUCCUGCCUGUCCCGAAAAGUCAACAGGCAGAUAAACUCACAGCUUCCAACUUGAGCAUCAGCACAACUGGUUCCUCACAGCUCUCUUCCAGCCUUGAUUCUGACAUUCUUCUCCCAGCCAAUCUUACCAGCACUACCAGCCCAGCUAGGGAGAAAGAGCCCAUCUCCAAUGACUCUGAAUUUGACAUGACAGCAGCAACAGCAGACUUGGACCAGGACCAGGACCUCCAAGAAGUGUUAGCAGAAUUUACCAGGACACAGAGAAAGCUGGAAUCUGUAGGAGUUCAUGAAGCAAACAUUGUCUCUCGGUCUUCCCCACCAGAGUGCCCCGGCCCUGCCACCAGUUUCUGCACUGCGCACCUUCCUCGUACUGUAAUGGCAGAAGCUUCUGUUGACAUCAUGCUAACUGAAUUAAUGACAAAUUCACAGCUUCCCAAUUUACCUAAGAGUGGAGAAUCUGUUAGUAGUACCAGUGUCCAACAGACCUCGAUGCUAGCCACAAUAAUUGUGACCAAAGAACCUGUGGAUGUGGCCCAAAUUCAUUGCAACAUCAAGGGAGGAACUAAAACCUGGGCCAGUGAAGUCAAUGGUUCUGACGGAAGCCUUCCAGGAACAGACCAGCUUCUUUCACCAGUCUCACCAGUGGUCUCCCCUAUGAUCUUACAUUUUCUUUCCUUUCCAGGCUGCUCCAGGCAGAUUGGUUUCUUCUUUAUGAAGCCUAAGCUGUGUUCAUUCACCGGCCUCUAUUACUGUGACAAUUGCCACCAAGAUGAAGAGUCUGUGAUACCUUCACGUCUAAUUCAUAACUGGGAUCUUUCCAGAUAUCCGAUUUGUUGCCAGGCUCUGAAAUUCCUAGCCAAAAGGGUUCAAAAUCAACCCUUGAUUGACCUGAAGCUGGUGAAUGAAACCCUCUAUGACCAUGUAGAGCAAAUGAAGCAGAUCUAUCAGAAUCGUGAGCAGCUGAAGCUCCUGGGUGAUUACCUUGUCCUUUGUCGCAGUGGCGCCCUGAAGGAGAUCAGUAAGAGGCUUGACCACUGGCACUAUCUCCUGGAGUGUCCCCAUAAAUACAGUGUGGCUGACCUGAGACAGGUAGGAGAUCUGGAAAAAAGGAAAUGUUUCAAUCUAGAAGCAGGUGGAAAUUCAGUUCAAGAAAAUAAUACCCAUUUCUUCACCCCCUAAGCUGGAUCCCUCAAAAUCACAGCCUAGCAACCUUCCAUACAAAUUAUUUGAUGCACCAUGAGAUGUUGCAUCACUCAGUGCAGAGCAGGAAGCAAGAAGCUUUUGAGAGCUGGUCUGUGCGUGUACAGAUGCAAUCUUUUCCUGUCGUAACUUUGUCCUAUCUGAAG